AGCUUUGUCACUACACCCAGAAAAUAAUAUCUUAUAACAACACCUUAAAAUCCUCAUUUCUAGACUCUCUUCUUACAGCAAAAAAAUGGCACCAGUUUCUUCAACUCCAUUCCUCUCCACAUUCUACACAAGAGUCCGUCUCGCCACUCGCGACGACGUUCCUCACAUUCACAAGCUUAUCUAUAAAAUGGCAGACUAUUACGAGCUUGCUAAUACCUUCGAAGCCACGGAAUCUUCCCUCGCCACCCAUCUCUUCAAAUCGCCACCUUUCGAAUCAUUCACCACCUUUCUUGCUGAAGUUUCCACUAAACCCUUACCCAAAAUAGACUGCUCGUAUUUUACGCCCGUUGAUCGCGUAGUCCAGGUAGAUCAUCAAGUAGCCGAUCCCGAACCUGAACAUCUCUUCAAGAGUUCAACUAGCGAUGAUGUUACUGUUGUCGGGUUUACGUUGAUUUUUCCGAAUUUUUCGACGUUUUUGGGAAAACCGGGUUUUCAUUUGGAAGAUUUGUUUAUUAGAGAAGGGUUUAGAGGAUUUGGCAUGGGGAAGAUGCUGCUGUCUUCGGUGGCGCAUCAGACGGCGAAGAUUGGAUAUGGGAGAGUUGAAUGGACGGUCAUUGAUUGGAAUGUGAGGUCUCAUAAGUUUUAUGAGCGGCUGGGUGCUAAGGUUUUGCCUGACUGGAGGAUUUGCAGGUUGUCUGGUGAAAAUCUUGAAGCUUAUCGUGAUCUCAACUCCCUUUAGACUUCUUUAAUAUAUAUUUCUUUGUUUAAAGAAUGUGUCGGAUCAACAAUAAUAGUGAUUGUAUGGUGGAAAUGAGUAAGAUUGUACUAUGGUUUUUUGCUAUCUUUAUAUUAUGCAUUUAGUCAAAUGAAUUUAUCUAUAAUUAUUUUUCUCA